UUCAGGCUGAUUAAGAAUUCUCUAAGUAUACAGCUAUGACUGAAAAUGCGGAGAACUCUAAGAAAACAUCAUUACAAAGAUCUGCGGAAAAAUUAACGGAGGAAAUUCAAAGUAUGGCCAAUUAUAAAAGUCUUUAUGCUGAAAUUCAGAAACUUGUUGCUUCUACUGCAGUAAAGAGAGAAGACUUUAAAAAUACAUUACUGGAGGCGUUAAAAAGUAAUGGUUUAGAAACAGAAAUUAGAAAUACUGUAUUUCAUUGGGUCAGAUCACAGGGUUCUUUAUCAACUGCAACAGAAAUAUCCAUGGAAGAAGUAGAUCUAACUUAUUUGAAAAAAGCUCAAAUUCAAUGGGAACGUAGAAUACAGAAGUCAUUAAAUUCAACCUGUAAUGAAUUAAAUGUGCCGCUAGCACGCAUAAGACCGAACGCAGAUCGCGAAGAAUUUGCUGAAAAAUGGAAUGAAUUAAGCACUUAUGAUAUCGAUCUGUCACAAUAUAGACCUCUUUAUGCCCCAAAAGAUUUUUUAGAUGUACUGUUUUCUAUACGAAAUCCAGCUUUCAAAAAACAUUCGGACGAAUUGAAUUGGGAGUUCAGUCAUAUACAAAUUCGUGUAAAAACACUCACGCAAUUGAGACGCGUGUAUUUGGAGUUAGCAAAGGGUAUGUCAUUACUUGGUGUAAAUCCAGACAUGCCAAGUUCAGAAAAUUUUGGAAAUCUAGAAGAGGAGAGGAUUUUCAUCGGUGAGAAGGUAUUGAAAACGAAUCACGCUCCGAUAGCGCAACAAUUCUUAAAGCGUGGGGCUCCUCGAGCACUUCGUGGCAGUCUUUGGUCCCUUGUAUUAGGAUCCACAGUAAAACAAAAUGAUAUAGAAUAUUAUGAAGAAUUAAAAAAUAUGGUGUUACAGUACGAUAUCGUUAUAGAUAAAUUGAUAAUCAAGGAUGUGCAGUUAACAGCACGAAAUGACGAUCAGUAUUUUGUGUUCGAAGACGUUUUAUAUAAAACAAUGUUAUGUUUUUCUCGUGAUUCGGAAGUAUUAGCACCAGUUACAACUGACAGAAGUGCUGGAGGCCAAGUCAUACACGCUGUUUUACAAGGAAAGCCAGCCACUUUGGAAAACACCCUAGUCUUCCCACCAAGCGGUGUGAUUCCAUUUCAUGGAUUCACGAUGUAUGCUACGCCAUUUUGUUACCUAUACGAUGACCCGUGCGCAAUGUAUUAUACGUUUCGAGCUUUUUAUUUACGAUAUUGGUUUCGAUUGCACACCGUAUCUAGCCACGAACAAGGUAUUGUAGCACUGUGUUUGCUUUUUGAGAGGCUACUGCAGUGCCACGAACCAUUGCUUUGGAUUCACUUUAGAAACAUUCACAUACAACCGGUAAGAAUUGUUUUUAAGUGGAUCAUGAGAGGCUUCAGUGGUCAUUUACCGCCAGAACAGUUGCUUUGCCUCUGGGACUUAAUUUUAGCAUACGAUUCGUUAGAAAUUAUCCCUUUACUCGCGGUCACUAUUUUGAGCUUUCGAAAAGAAAAUUUAAUGCAAGUUAAUAAUCAACAAAGUGUUGAGGUAGGAAUAGAUUUUAUAUUAAUUAUUCAUCUGCCAAUUAUUUAUUUACUACUUCUUAUUUAUUUAAAUUUAUUUUGUUAAUUACUUAUUUCCAGGCUGUUUUGGCAGACUUGUCCUCUUUAAAGGUUGUUCCAUUAUUGCAAUUGGCUUUGUUAAGAGAAUAACAGUAAAUGAGAAAAAGAAGAUACAUGAGAACUUGAUUUAAAUAUACGUUUCAAAUUUAAGUAGGAAUGAUCUCUCCUCUUGCGUUUGCGCAGAUUGAUAUACGUCUUUAUCUCUCGUCCAUGAUUUAUGGAUUGUUAUUACAAUAAUUCAAAUUAUUCAGCAACUCGUUGGAUGAUCAAACAUUUUAAACACUCCGAUAAUUGAAUAAUUUAAGAAACUCAUAAAUCCGUCGACAUCAUCAAUUUCGUCAAUGAUAAAAUUAUCGCCAUUACUUUCACAUAUGGCUGGAACGACGACCAAUAUUCUCUAUACUAGCAGCUGAUUUCCGAACGUGACUAGACAUAUAUAGGGUGCCUUACAAAUACAAAUGUACGUG